UGAGACAGUGGUAAAUACUACUGAGUCUCACAUCAAUUCGACUGAAUCACAAUCCACUCUGUUGCAGGCAACCCUGCAAUCAUCAGACUGUUUACGGUUGUUUGCUUCACUUUUUGGACGACAUUAUUGGGUUGAUUAUUGCGACAGUAAUAGUUAUAUUGACCCAUAUUUUAUGUAUUAUACAAAUAUGAUUUGUUCACAUCGAAGUUAUUUGACAACGAGAUACUGGAUCGUGUAUUCGCAACACGAAUUACACGGUCAUUAUGUUAUAAUUCCACCUGGUGUAUGUGUUAGUGAUUUAAGGGAAAGAGGAUUUUGGUCAGUGGGCUCUGCACUUAAAUGCGUAAAACUAAACCAAGUCAAUCAUCAUUUUUACUGUCACAAUCCGCGAAUAACAUGGUUGCCGAUCAAUCAAUCUCCAUUCGGACCACCACCGUUUCCCGAUCCAUUUGAAGAUCUCGAGCAGAUUAAUUAUCGUGAUCAAGCAAAUAAUAAUACGACAACUGAAGUGCCUUUAGCUUAA